GCCAUUUUGGGUUGUGCUUGCACUUCCUCCCUAAUAAGCAGCAUUCUCUGACAAAAAGCCAGACUAGCUGUUCUAUCAGCGUUCUGCCUAGAAAUCGCCGCAUAAAUCUCCGAAAUCGCCGAAAGCCAGCCAGCCUGGCUGUUCAAUCUCAGAAAUCUCGGAUUUGAUCUCCUUAGAACAUGGCAUGCUCUAUCGGCUUUCUGCUGAGUACACUACCGGGCAAAGUUAUUGCGUCGUGGAACUCUGCUUGAGAGUUACUAGUAAGCCAGCCAACGACCCACCGCGAAUCCAACUCGGAUUCUUCGUGAACCACAGGGGGGUGUGGGGGGCAAUCCCCAUGCGUCCAAUCGGCUGUGGAUUAGAUGAGUCCUCUGGCCAUCUGCUGCGCGCCGCGCCGCCCACGCGACUCGUCGCGGCCCUCGUCCGCUCGACGAGCAUUUGCCAGCUUCGCUUUACUACUGCUCCCGCUCGCGUUGCUCAUUGACUGCCCUUCCAUCGCUCACAGUGUCGCCUUUCGGUAUCAUGAUGCUCCCACGUCCGCGAGUGAGAAUUCCCUAGUCAAGCCCGUUUCAAAUCCCCUAACGAAGCCCCUAACGAAGCCCCUAACGAAGCCUCUAGCGAAUUCCUUCGCGAGCGGCAGGAGGGUGUUGUCUAGCAGUGGGACCUCCGGUCCUCCUGCCGUUGAGCCUCUGCCCGUUGCUGGGCUCAACUUCAGCGACUCGUGCGUCCAGGUCAUGAGGGGUGUUUCCCUCUACGGGCUGAGUCAGUCCAGGCAGCGGCAGCUUGUAGCGCGUACGUGCAGAGCGGAGCUGCGGAACGCGCUGCAGCGGUUGGCGGAGGAAGCGGGGCGGAGAGAAGAGGAAGCGGGGAAUGCUAACUCGGAGCCUCUGCUGGAACUUGCCGAACCUCCGCUUGAACUUGCCGAACCUCCGCUUGAACUUGCCGAACCUCUGCUUCAGGGUCUGAUUGAGGCGGCAGACACUGCUGCUGCCGCCGCUGCUGGCCCUGCUGCUGUUUUCGCUGCCCCUGCUACUUCUCCAGCUGGCGCGCUGCUGUGCUCUCAGGGCUGGCGGCAGGCGGCGCUGGCUCGAGCUGCGGCGAGCGCGUAUGUGCGGAGGGCGGUGAGGCAGACUGUGACGUCGAUAGAGCAGAUAGGAGCGGGCGUUGAUGCUGUGUGCACGGGGGUGCGAGAUGUGGAAGCCAGCCUUGCGGGAAACUGCAGUGGCACGAGUUGCAAGGGCGAGAAAGCAGCACCAGCAGCAGCAUCAGCAGCAGCAGGAGGAAUGGACGGCACGUGGCCUGAGGCAUGCUGGCCUGUGCCCCACAUGCCCUUCAAUGAUGGCGGGUCCAUCAGAGGGCGCAAGUACCUGGUCUUUGCCAUCUCGGGCGAGCAGCUCUCCAACUCUCGGUCUCACCUGGUGGAGGCCGCCCGCAUUGCCCGCGCCACUGGCCGCAUCCUCGUGCUGCCCAAGGCCAGUCGCAGCCGCCUGUCUCUCGCGCUCUCGCUGCCCUGUGCGCCUACUUCGACCUCUCUCACUUUGACAGCCACUGGGUGUCGCCAGACUUGUUCCUCCUUCUGGCUAGAGCGGCUGCCGUCGCCCCCUCUGCUGCAGCCCCGACUGCCACAGCGACAGCGAUUGACACGGCAUUAGCAGCUGACGCUGCAGCAGCGGCCCCCGCGGCUCCCUCUGUGGGCUUCAUGGUGCUGCAGUCCAAUGUCACGUGGCGCAUGCCCUUCACACAAAAGCUUCAGGCGACAAUGUUGGGAGAGCUGAUCGUGUAUGGCAUGGGCCAUGCGCCAACGCGAGACAACACGUUCGACGUCAUCAUGCCAGCCAAUAGCAGCACUGUUCUCGGCAUGUUGAAUGAGUGGCACCACAAGGACGUGGUGGUGUGGUUGAAGCCCACAUGGGAGCGGGUAGACUUUGACCCUCCCUCCGACUUCAUCUCCUUCCAGAUGCUUCCGUACGGCAAGCCAUGGCACGCCAUGGCGCAUCGCAUCAUAGCCCGCCUGCCCGCGCGCUACAUCGCUGUGCACUACCGCUCCGAGUUCAUUGCCUUCCACCUUGCGCACAAUCUGGCCAAGGCGGGCUGGAAGACGGACGUGGGCGUGUUGGAGGAGGUCAUGUCGGGCUGCAUGGUGGCGGCACGCGACCUCAUCAACCGGAUGAAGCAGAAGCACAACGUCACCGCUGUCUUCAUUGCAGCUGACGUCCCCUUUGACGACAAGGCGGGGAGCCUGGCGCGGUCGGACUCGUGGAAAGAGAGCACGUGGCGGUUUGGCAGCAGCGAGAGGGUGAUGCGGGCCCCCAGGGAGAAUCUGCGGUGGCUGCGGGAGCAGGUGGCGGGGACCGUUAUGGUGGACGAGUUGGUGCCAGACAUCAACCAGUAUGACCCGGGCGUCGUGGCCAUUGUCGACAAGCUGGUGUGUGCACACGCACACGUGUUCCUUGCAGGUUCCACUGUGUGUGGGGGGGGGCGUGGAUUUGAACAGGACAUUAACAGCCACAGGUAUCACUUUAACGAGACCACUGUUCAAAGAUGGGUGUCCCAGGCAACAAAGCUCUUGCAGCAAUCCAACAGCAGGGCUCCUGGAACGUGAGCACAUUCGUGUGUGGACACAUGCUAAUAUGAUUUUCUCUGCUAAGUGACGCCGGAAGAGCACGAGCAGUUGCAUUGCAUUCUAAGCAUAGGCCAUGUCCAACUUUUCUCCGAAGCUUCCUAGACUCUCGAAGGAUGUUCGAAGACUACUAUAGCUUAGACCAUGGCCAUGGCAACACUCUUCGACCACAUGGCUAGUAAGGUAGGUCAGCAUUCUCACAGUAGAAAACAUCGACUAGAAUGGGGCAUACAGGUUGAUCCUGUUCAAGUGGUUGUACCCUUUAAGAGCAUGCAACUAUCUAGCCUAUUAUAAC